AUGGCCGCCUUUCCUUCCGCGCUGCUUCCGCUCCUCGUCCUUGCCGUCAUUGUUGGAGCGGCCGCCAUGGCUCACGCACGACAUGGAUUGAGCGGCGCGGGCAACGUUGUGACAGCGAGGAGGAGCGUCAAAAGCGAGAUCACCGCGGGAAGCGCUUCCCGAAGUGAGAGCAUGCAGAUCACGGUGCCGGGCGUCAGCCUGCCCGUCAGCUUCGACGCCCUCCGCUGCUUCACCCUUCCCCGGGCGGCGCACAAAGCGGGACAGGACGUGCAGGUGUGGUGGCAUGGGCUUGCGGGCGGCAGCAGCGACGAAGGGGGUUCGCCGCGUGAGAAAGAGGCGGGCACGGCGGCGGUUGUGGCGUGCAAGCAGCUGCAGUUCUUUGGUAAUCCCGUGUGCAAGGGCAAGGUGCUGGAUGAGGUGCUGAAGCCGCAAUUCACCGGUCUGCGCAAGCAAUUCAACGAGCCCAGACAUCACCUGCGAGCAGGCCACGUGUCCCAGCAACUCCACUUAUCUUCUGACAAGCUCUCUUGCAUUGACAAGUGUGAUGCGGUGAAUUGUAGGCCUGGCGGCAACUGCACAAAGGAUGCGAAGGGAAAUCCAUUCUGUAUUUGUAGCACGGGCUUCACGCUGUCUUCCGACAAGCUAUCUUGCAUUGACAAUUGCGGGCCCAAUGGCACGUGUGUGAGGAUGGAGAACGGGGAUCCAACCUGCGCGUGCGACUCAGGCUUCCUUAUGCCUCCGGGCGAACUACGUUGUAUUGCUCCAUCGUUCCAUGCACUCACAUCGGGCAUUGCUUGCAACGCGUUGGGCUGCAAACCGGAUGGGGUUUGUGUGAACACCAAUGGAGUUCACUCUUGCAAUUGGAGUAAGCCCGGCUUCCACCUCUCCCUACAGCCAACCCAGCCCAUUGCACUCGUUCUCCACUAG